AUGACACUCAAUCAACGAAAAUCGACGCAAAAGAGUAACGACAAUUCACAAAUGCCACCAAAGGCCAAAGAUCAUACUCUCCAGCAGUACGCGGACACAGAUGGUCACUUUUCUUUGGUUAGGAACUUCCGGCUAGCGGAUUUGGUCACUAUCAUGAAUGGUGUCUGCGGGUCGUUGUCAAUAUUCUCCUCGGCACACUACCUCCUCAGCAACGACCCAGACUACCUCUGGACAGCUUUGAGCUUGCCUCUUGCUGGACUUAUGUUCGACUUUUUGGAUGGCAAAGUGGCUAGAUGGAGAAAGUCUACUAGUUUGCUGGGUCAAGAACUCGACAGCUUGGCUGAUCUGAUAUCCUUUGGUGUCGCUCCGGCGUUACUCGCUUUUGUGGUUGGUUUGAGGACGUACCUCGACACAGUUUGCCUGACCGGCUUUAUCUGCUGUGGCCUCGCACGUCUUGCUCGCUUCAACGCGACCGUCGCACUUGUCCCCAAGAACGAAGCGGGCAAAGCAAGUUAUUUCGAGGGGUUGCCUAUUCCCACGUCUCUUGGGCUUGUCGCGGUUCUAUCGUACUGGGUAAAGAACGACUGGAUUGAGGGGAAGCAAGGCAUUCCAUGGGGUACAAUUACUUUGUGGGGCGACGCGGGUGGACGUGGCGAACUUCAUCUGGUCAGUAUCGUCUUUGGGCUUUGGGCAGCAGCGAUGGUUAGUAAGACGCUCCGGGUGCCCAAGUUGUGA